AUGUCCCCCAGGGGCAGAUCUAGGCUUUCUAAGGCUGAACGGCAGCGCAUAGCCACUGAGCGUUGGUUGUCUCAGCAAGGAGUUCGAGAUGCACAGAACGCCAAGGCAAGAGCACGCAUGAGAAAGAAAAAACUAAUGGCUCAACAGCUCCCAUCUGCUCGACAGUGUGCCGAACGCACUGAGAGAGAUGAGUUUACCCCGGCUAAACCCUUCACUGAUCCCAGGACCAUCACGACAUUCGAUGAGGCAAUGCACGCCUUUGAUUCAUGGGUUUACGAUUGGGGCCCUGAGGAGACAUGGGUAGACAAAUAUCAAGAAUUACUGUCCAAGGCCCUGAGCGACAGCCACAACCCCCUGUUCAAGCAGAUGGGUGAGGAUUUCCGCAAUCAUGUCAAGAGUGGAUGGGCUAUCGUCGAUGCUAUGCGAAACAUGGUACAUCAAGAUGAGGAGGGUUUCAACACGGAUGUUUUUGACACUCUGGUAGCUCUUGUUACCGAAAUGAGGUUUUUUGAACGAAUGGAUGAGGCGACGUGCCGGAAGGAGGCCAGGCAACUGGCUAGGGAAAUGUAA